UGAUUACGAUUAGCGAAUGGAUGAUUUGAGUUGUGCAGGAGGGGGCUUGUUUUUAGCAGCAAGCAAGGUCGUUCUUUGUGUCAAAAAAUUCUACUUGUGACGAAUACUUAGUUUUUGUUAUUUACAAGGAGUGAGUGACUGUUUGUGCUCAGUAACAAAGGUCGUAGAGCGCGUAUGUCGUUAAUAGUAAUCAAUAUUUAAAGAAACUCGUAAUUUCGAACGUUCCAAUGAGUUUGGGAGGAGGUCACAGUACAGAGGGAACAAAUGCAGGAGGAAUAUUUGUCCAGUUUAAUCAAGAUUGCACGUCCCUAGUAGCAGGCAGUAGUAGUGGCUAUCAUUUGUUUGCACUGACUCCUGAUGAUGGAAUUGAAGAAAUAUAUGCAAGCCGGUCAGGCCAGGACACCUGUCUGGUGGAUCGACUCUUCAGCAGUUCCUUGGUCGCCAUUGUUACAGUUUCAGCUCCCAGGAAGCUAAUCGUGUGUCACUAUAAAAAAGGAACUGAAAUAUGCAAUUACAGUUACAGUAAUACGAUUCUCGCCGUUAAGCUGAACCGAUCCAGGCUGAUUGUAUGUUUAGAAGAGUCGCUUCACAUUCAUAACAUUCGUGAUAUGAAAAUUCUCCACACGAUCCGCGACACGCCGCCGAACCCGCGCGGACUGUGCGCGCUCUCUCCCUGCGUCGACCACUGCUACGUGGCCUACCCCGGCUCUAGCGCCGUUGGGGAGGUGCAGAUUUUCGAUGCCGUGCAUCUGAACGCUAAAUGCGUAAUCAGCGCGCACGACAGCCCACUGGCGGCGCUCGCGUGGUCCAUGUGCGGGCGACGCCUGGCCACCGCCUCCGAGCGGGGCACCGUCAUCCGCGUGUUCGCCGUGCCCGAGCGCACGCGACUCUACGAAUUCCGGCGCGGAGUGAAGCGCUGCGUAUCCAUAGCGUGCCUCGCCUUCAGUGCGUGUGGGGCUUACCUCGCGGCCACGUCCAACACGGAGACGGUCCACGUGUUCCGGUUGCAGGAGGGCGCAACGGGCGCCGUCGGCGCGGGUGCGGUAGUGGGCGCCGGCGAGGAGGGCAGCACCGGCGCCGGGCCCGCGGGCGCCGCCGAGGCCGGCUGGAUCGACUGGCUGUCGCAGGCGGUGUCGGCCGGCGCGGGGUACCUGCCCGCCCAGGUGGCCGACGUGCUCACGCAGGGUCGCGCCUUCGCCGCCGCCCGCCUGCCGCGCCCCGCGCGCCGUGCCGUCGCCGCCGUCACCAUCGUGGCGCGGACGGCGCGGCUGGUCGUGGCCACGUCAGACGGCGUCGUGUACGUGUACUCGCUGGACGCGCAGGAGGGCGGCGAGUGCGCCCUGCUGCGCACUCACCGCCUGCUGGAUGCCGGUACGCCCGCGCCUAUACACUCGCAAGAAGCCGCGGCGGGCUGCAGUUACGCGGGCGCGCUGCGCGGCCGGCUGCCGGACUCCAUGACAGGUACGAAUAUUUCCGAUGAGUAAAGUUCAUUCACAAUAGACACGUCGGCCGACACCGAGACUGACGCCAGGCUGGCCACAGGUAAGUGCGUCGACCGAUCCUCCGCGCUGUCGCUCGCUAACCGCUAACGUGUUCCGUCCCUACAUAUAUGUCACCUUCUUCCAAUUCGUUUGUACGUGACGUCAACUUAAACAAAUUGCUAACAAUCGAAUCGAGCGAAUUGAAAAGUAUUCGUAAUCGAUUUUAAUGUGUCAAAUUAUGAUUUAAAAAAAAUUGGUGCAAUUUGAAUUGGAAUAGCCAUAGCUUUCCCAUAUGUACUCGUUUUUUUUAAAUAGCUUUUGCUUUCUGAAUUAUUUGCCUUGUAUGUGAAGCGCCACUGCACUUAGUUUAGCGUAUGCACAGUAUAACAAUUAUGUCAAAGUAUUUGCAUGUUCACAAAAUAAUGGACGCAAAAUGCUAUUUACUUAUCAAGUGUUCGGUCAGCGCGAUUAUUUACCGUACUUUAUACGUAACUAAUCGAUCCAAUGAAGUAAACAACAAAAAAAGCUAUUAGUCUUCUACAUAUUGGCGUUAACAGAUAAUUAAAGCGAACACGCUACACAAAGUGAAGUGCCGCCACGAUUAUUUUUUGUACACAAAAGUUCCGUAGGUUCCGUAGUCACAUAGAUAUCGCGAAAUAUAUUUCUUCUAUGUAAUUAAACGUGUUAUUGGUUGACCUUAAUUCUCAAACAUAAGAUUAGAAACUUAUUUUACGAAAUUUAUUUAAUUUUUUUUCUAAAAUUUAGAUUGUUAUGCUGUCUAGAUAUAAAAACACGCAAGCACCUAAAAAUAACUUAAAUCAAAACAGAUAAGAGUCAAAUGCACGAAACAUGUCUCCAAAAAGUGAUAAUAUGAAAAUAGUAUUAACUUUUUUCAAAGAGUUCCUCGUAAACUCCUCGAAAAUCUCACUAUCAUCAUUGUCACUGGAGUGUUGCCUUGCUACAAUUUUUUUUAUAAAUAGUAUGAAAAACGAGCGUGUCAUAUUUACGAUAACGUCACGCGAGACUUUAUUUGAUGAUAUCAUUUUAAAUAUUAGAAUGUAUUUGUAGUUUUACUCGAAUACUGUUCAAUGGUACGUAAACUGAUGCUGAUGGUAUCAAGCCUAUUUUAAAUUAAAUCUGUUUUGACCUUAGAUCAUCUUUUUGAAUGAGGAAUCUAAAAACAAAUAUGUUCCAACAAUUUCGUUACACGUAUAAAAAACUUUGUCAUGAAAUGUGUUUUGCUUUGACUCUUUUUACAGAAAUAUAUAUUCUUGGCACUUGAUUCAAUGUGACUAACUUGAAGGUCAAGUCAUGAUGCAAUUACAUGUAUUUGAGUUUGACUUCGGAACUCUACUGAAACUAAGAUUAUCUCUAGUGAGCUUUUUAAAUUCAAUUAUUAGCCGAAUACAAGAAUAGUUUUAGGAGACUUGAGAAUCGAACACAUUAAAUAUAGACUUCGCACAGGUCUAAAUUUAGAAGUCGACCUGAGUGUGUCUUAUUUAUUAUAUUCACGCUCAACAAAUAACACCAAAACCGUUAUAGCACACAACUGUGCAUGUUUACAAUUGUGCUUUCUGUCUUGUUAAGACCAUUUACGAGAAUUUUACAUAAUCCAAAAUCCUAUUCAUUCAAAUUAUGCAACUUUGUGUAAUAUUACUUCAGAACAUAUAAUUUACGAUACACGUCUGGUUCGUAUUCAACAUAUGACUCGAGAAAGUUGUAUUUCAAGUGCACCAAUAUUAGAGAAAUACAAUAAAGUUCAUACUCAUACAAUUUUUUUAAUUCAAUAAAAACUUUAUACAUUUGUAUUAAGGUUUAAUUUUAUUUGCAAAUUAAAUUCUCCAUGGGCUGGCUCGUAAACUAGUCAGGUGAUUGACCUUUUCGCCCUCGUUACACGACGUCUAUUGAAUUGGUCAGAAUAACUGAAGAUGAAGUAAAAAUGACAGUACUGUAAUAUUAUUAUAUCGAUCGAUAUCGUUUCUGCUUCGUUUGAUGGCUCUACUGUGUUCAAUCCUUAAGGUUCCGUCGUGCAGAUAGUUAACAGUAUCAAAAGCUUUUUUCGUUGUUUUCAAUUGAAAUUUUUGGUGUAUAUUUUUUUUUAUAACC